UAUUUUGUUGGGUUAUUAGGGUUUUUUUUGGGCAAUCUGAUCAUCUCUCUAGGGUUUGCAAAUUGAGUUUUGCUCCACAAUUUGGAGUUCGUCUACAUCAAUGGAAGAGACGAGCAGCUCAACGAUCACGAAUCAGAAAUCGACACAAGAGUUGGCGAUGGAGGGGCAAAAACAUUUGGAAGAUACGAUAGAAUCAGCGUUUCAGAUUUUAUCUUCAAUGAAUGAUGAACUCUGUAACCCUCAUUUAUGGUCCACUUCUUCUCCUCCCAAUGUUAAUACUAGCAACGCCCAUCACGCCCCAUCCAACGGCGAUGCUACGUCGUCCGAUACCGCCCAUCACUUUGAGAUGGGCGGUGGAGCUCUCGAUGAAGCUCGUCUCCGCUACAAAUCGUCUGUCGCCGCCCUCCGUUCCGUUCUCACUGCUAUUCCCAAUUCUAGAAAGGCCAAGGCUUAUGAUAUUGAUCCAAUCUCAACCGAUGAAUUGGAUGCGGAGAAGCUGGAAGAGCGGGCUUCCACCUUAAGAAAGGAUCUUGAAAAUAAAAACAAGCAUCUAAAGCUUCUCAUAGAUCAGCUUCGAGAGCUCAUUACAGACGUCUCAACAUGGCAAAGUCCCGUUUCUAUAUGAAGCCUAUCAGCACAGUAUAAUUGCAGCGGUAAUUUGACAGUAAAUUGCUAAAGCUGAUGACAUUUUACCAGAUGGUCUUAGAAGCUAACGACAAGUUUGCUUAAGCUAAAAUUCCUUUUCAUGACAUGGAUGAACUCUAAUAGAUAGUUACAGUUAUAUAGUUCACUCAAUUCGAUCGUUGUAUAAACUUUGCCUUCUUAUUGUUGGUAUUCGAGUCUAGAUUCGUGUAAUGAUACAAAAGUUGUAACCAAAUUGUGAAAGGGUACAAAGUUUUAACUUGAUACCU